AUGACGUAGAUUAUUCCAUAGUAGUCGUUUAGUUUGAUACUUUUCAUCUGUGAAUGUAUUUACUUCAAUUCAAGGACAUCUAAAUAGAAAAUUGAUAUUGAUCCUAUUGAAAAAUUCCGAAAGAAACCAUUUUUAAGUCUUAGGCAACAUCCAGAUGAUAAGUACUUCUUUGCAUAAUUUUCAGGUUGCUCAACAUAUUACUCUUGAAAGGUCAAAAUGAAUUUUGCAAGUUUAAUGAUUAGAGUCUGACCUUGAAUCUGUUAAAUCUUAUUGGUAUAGUACUUUUUAAUCUUCUAGAGGCGAAAAUUUAAAAAGGAUCCAAAAGUCUACUUAACAAAAGUGCCAGAAAUGGUUAAUACUAGAAUCAGAGCAGAUGGAUCUGA